CAAGAUUAAAAAUGCCUCUCUCUCUCUCUCUCUCUCUCUCUCUCUCUGCCAUCUCCAGUCUUGGUGGACAGCACAGAACCAACGCGAAGUCGCUCGGGGAAGAAGAAGGGAGAAGAAGAGCCUGUCGAGGCUCUCUGAGAUGCACAUGCCAUUCGAGCUCCUCCUUGCAGACGGCGGCGACGGCGACAGCGACAGCGAAGUUGCAGAAGUCCAGUGGGAGAAGGAACAACAACCGUGAAGCGCGGCAUUCACUGGCUUGUUGUGGAGCAUUGUUGCCGAUAAGCAGAACGCCGAUGAACGAGACAGUGCUGAGCGAGACCAAGGCAAAGGGACCCGGCGGUGGCGCCGCCUCCUCCUCGCAGCAGACUAUCAGGCUCUCCCCGCUCGAGGUCGCGGAGUGCUGCUGCUGCGGGUUCAGGGAGGAGUGCACACCCGGCUACGCGCGGCGCGUGAGGGAGCGGCACGGAGGCCGGUGGGCGUGUAGUCUCUGCGAGGAGGCCAUCAAGGAGACAAUGGCGGCGGUGGCAGGAGGGCUGGGGAGGGAGGCGGCAAAGCUGGAGGAAGCUCUGAGCCGGUAUUCCAAGCUCUGCAAGCGUUGCCAAUCUCCGGUCCCACCGGGACAUUCCGUGGUGGAACUGAUAGACCGUCUGAAGCAUCUUCUCCUGCGAAUCCUGGACGCUCAGCGCCGGGAAGGGGGAGGCUAAAGAACCAGCGAACCACACCGGUGCGAGCUUGAAUUGCCGGCAAAUGUCAUCGAUUCUGCCUCCGCA